ACGCCUCUCAGCGUUCCUUGUUUUCUACGCAGUUUCGUCGCGAUGUGGAUUUAAUGGAAAUUUCCACUCCUUCUGAACCAAUCAUAAACACCUAUUCAGAUUAAAUUAUGUUAAAUAUCGCUCUUUAAACGGGAUCCGGACACUCUGAGGGGGAAAGAUACUCAAAUUCGUGUAUUUAAAGAGCGCCGUCUGUGUUCGUUCAGCAACACUUUUAGUUUGUGACUCUGUUGUUCUUCAUCAGUGGCUCAGUAUAGAGGUUUAAUCGUCGUCUGAAAUCAUCACUAAACUGUCUCUGAUGGAUUAUCACAGUGUGGGCCCUGGAGGGGUGAUUGUCUCGGGUAACAACGUACCUGCGUUUCUGACUAAACUCUGGACGCUGGUGGAGGAUCCGGACACAGACCCGUUAAUCUGCUGGAGUCCUAACGGCACCAGCUUUCAUGUGUUCGACCAAGGAAGGUUUUCCAAAGAAGUUUUGCCGAAAUACUUUAAGCACAACAACAUGGCCAGUUUUGUUCGCCAGCUCAAUAUGUAUGGUUUUCGGAAAGUUGUCCACAUCGAACAGGGAGGGCUGGUGAAACCGGAGAAGGACGACACAGAAUUCCAGCAUCCGUAUUUCAUCCGCGGACAGGAGAAUCUGCUGGAGAAUAUCAAGAGGAAAGUAACAACGGUGUCGAAUAUUAAACACGAGGACAUCAAGUACAACUCUGACGACGUGUCUAAAAUGAUCACAGAUGUCCAGCUCAUGAAGGGCAAGCAGGAGUCGAUGGACUCCAAAAUCAGCACCCUCAAACAUGAGAAUGAGGCGCUCUGGAGGGAAGUUGCCACUCUGAGACAGAAACACUCUCAACAGCAGAAAGUCGUCAAUAAGCUCAUUCAGUUCCUGAUCACUCUCGCACGGUCCAACAGAGUCCUGGGAGUGAAACGAAAGAUGCCCCUGAUGUUGAACGAUGGCAGCUCCACACACUCUAUGCCCAAAUACUCUCGGCAGUACUCGCUCGAGUCGUCUCCUGCCAUCUCUCCCUCCAGCACAGCUUUCACAGGAACGGGUGUUUACACCUCAGAAUCGCCUGUGAAGACCGGGCCAAUCAUCUCUGACAUCACUGAACUGGCGCAGUCCAACCCUGUGGCCACGGAGGAGUGGAUUGAAGAUAGAACAAGCCCAUUGGUCCAUAUCAAGGAGGAGCCGUCUAGCCCCGCCCACAGUCCUGAGGUGGAGGAGGUGUGUCCUGUUGAAGUGGAAGUGGGGGCGGGAUUGGGUGUACCUGUGGACACGCCCCUUUCCCCCACAACCUUCAUCAAUUCCAUCCUUCAGGAGAACAACGAGCCCGUCAGCGCCCCGACCCCACCUCCCAACGAGCAGAAGUGUUUGAGUGUGGCCUGCUUCGACAAUUAUCCUCAGAUGUCUGAGAUCUCUCGCCUUUUCUCCAGCUUCUCCACCUCAGCUCUCCACCUCAGGCCUCCUCCCGGGGCAGAACUGAGUGAGCAUCUAGAGACCAUUGACUAUGGAUUAGAGAACCUUCAGCAGAUCCUCAAUGCUCAGUCCAUCAACUUUGACACAUCGCCUCUCUUUGACAUUUUCACAUCAUCUUCUGCUGAUGUGGAUCUGGACAGCCUUGCUUGUAUCCAGGAUCUUCUGUCACCUGAACCAGUGAAAGAACCCGAAUCUAGUGCAGACACUGAAAAUUCAGGCAAGCAACUGGUCCAGUACACAGCUCAGCCCGUGAUUCUUCCCGAGCCGGUCACGACUGAGACCUGCGACACCGAACUGCCCAUCCUUCUGGAGCUGGAGGACGACUCGUAUUUCGAACCAUCCGAAGACCCCACCAUCUCCCUUCUCGACUUCCAGUCCUCCUCCGUACCUGAAGACCCCAAACUAUCAUAGAGAGAGAUGCUUUUAUAAAGGGAUUUAUGUCUGUGUGGGUUUUUUAAAUUUGAUUUUUUUUUUUGGUCUUUUAUUUAACACGUCAGGGCUAGCCAUCUGAAUAUUACUCUGGUAUUUCCCUUCACUUUUAGCCUGGGGGAAAAAAAAGUCUCUAAAAGCAAUAGAAAAAAAAUUCAGUAUUCCUUCUGUCACUGAGUCUAAAUAAGCUUUUAUUUGUCGGCUCAGUAGUUUCCUUGUUAUUGCAGAAGCGAGAAAACCUCAAACUAAAUGUGUAGUGCUAAAUAUAAUGUAUCGAACACACUUCCUCAUCCUGUUUGUCCAGAUUGGAUUUGCAACUACGCAGAGAUCUAUAUUAAGUGACACUCAUCACCACUUCGAAACUUCCAAAAACUUGUUGUAAAUGCAGUUUCCUGCUUUUCAUUAUUUGAUCUAAUUAUGUUGCAGUGACCCCAGAUUGUUGUAUUCGAUGUCUGGUUCUCGUCCCGCCAAGUACGCCAAAUUUUAAAUUUGUGUUUUUCAUCUCAUGAGUUUUGAGGUAAAAAAAAGGUAUAUAAAUAUUAAGAAAUGUAAUGCAGCCAGGAAAUGAGGUCGAUUUAAUCAGACAAACAUGCAACAAGCGGUGAUGUGAAUGUGUCCAGCAACUGCUUUCAAAGCCAUAGCUGUUAGUGAUGGUGGGUAUGUAUUAUGGUUAAAGGUGCAUAUUUAGUGUGGGGAGAGAUUUUAACAAGAUCAUCUUUUGCUGUUGAAAGUUGUAUUUAGACAGCCAAUGAUGCUGUAUAGAUGUUUGGAUGUGACGAAACAAACACAUUUCAAGCACAGUCAACAGGACCGUAUUACGCGAUAGGUGUAUUAUAUAACGACAGAUUAUUUUUUGCAUUGAUAACAUGUUUAUGCGCCCAGUGUACAAUACAUAUUACCCGGGUCUGUAUCUGAUGAUCUGAUUUAAAGAAUUUGUGCAAUAAUUCAACUCUUUACCAUCUUCGACACACACUGCUUUCUUUAAAUCUCUUUUUUUGUUUGUUUGUUUGUUUGUUUUUGUUUGCUUUACUAAAGGAUGUAGAGAAUAUUAUAGGAGAAUCUUAUGAAGAUCUUGGCUGGGCAAAGUUUUUUGCAUUAUGGUGUUAUUUUUUUAUGACAAUCUCAUUAAUUCCAAAAAGUAACAAAUCACUUACAAUUCCAUUUCAUGCAGAUAUUUUUAAAUGAUAAACACUGACAUAUGAAUUACACUUUUUAGUGUACUUUUACAUUUAAACCAUUCAUGGUCCUAAGAAAAAAAAAACAGGCUUCAUUUGAUGUAUGCAAAAUCUAAAUUAAGGUUACCCAGACCAUUUUGUUAGAUUCACCUAUGUAACUUGGAAACCGAAUUGAAAUGGUAUUUUUUGGUGUGAUUUGUACUCAUGCUACUAUGACCUUAUAGACUUCAUCACUUGUUUGUUUUUGGAUGGUCGGCACAGUAGAGGAACUGGGAGAGGAAUGUCAAUUGUUGGUGAUGCUCAUCAUUUUUAGUCAUUGGAUGACUGUCAUAGCCAGAGAGACAUUGAUACUAGGCAUAAAUUAUUUUAUUACGCAUGUGAACAACACUUUGUGUAUUGGUAUGUUUCAAAUAAAAUGUUUUUGAAAGUA